AUGGCAGUGGAAUCCGUGUACUUUACUGAAACCGACGAUGGUUCCCCUUUAUCCGAGGAUGAGUUGAUGGUCAACUUCCUCGUGUUGAAACCGCAGCACCCACAAGAGGAGCACCGGCUAUAUGCGUUUCGCGUGCUGCGCCGGCUGUUAGCGUCCGAAGAGUCCUCAAAAACCUUCGUACCACAUCUGCUUUCCAACACAAACAUCCCGCACUUGUUUCAUGAUUGCCCUCGAUUCGUCGAAGCUGUUUCUUAUAGUGUUGGUUCGCUGCCUGGUGACACAAACCACUUAAAUGUCUACAAUGUGGUAUUGGACGUUGCAGAAACAGUACCCGAGUCUCUUUGGGUUUUCAAUUUUAUGAGAGAGAAGCCGAGCACUAGUACUAAGGAGGAGGUGAAACUUGAAGUUGAAGACCCUUCGGAUUGCGCCAUCUACUUACAAGAGCUGCAGGCGGCUGGGACUGAAGCUGCAACAAUUUUACCAUGCUCACACAUCUUCCAUCCCAGUUGCGUACUUAGUUGGUUUCUUCGAAGUGAUAAUUGCCCCUUAUGCCGCUCCCGGUCGUACGUUGCAAUUGCAAGUUUUGAUAUGUAG